AUGAAUUCCAAUUUGAUCAGCAAAACAAAGGAUUAUAGGGUCGCAGGUGACACUCCAGGGGCAGUUCAGAGGCGCAAGGGCUGCUGCUGCUUCUGCUGCGUCCCGUCGUCGGCCGGUGAGCGGCGCGGGCGCUCGGGGCCUCAUCGCCCGCCAAGCCCCACAGGACGCGCGCACGCGGGUCCGCGACCGUCGCGGGGGCGGGCGGACCCCCACCAGCCCCGCGACGCCCCAUCGCUCGAAGAUCGCCCUCCUCCAGCCCGCGUCCGCCUGCGUCUCUCGCCCUGCGGCCCGCAGGCCCCUACCUGCAGGACGAGGCGACCGCAGCGGCGGACAGCGGAAGGUGCUGAAGCGGGCGCGGCGGCCGGACCCGACCCGCACCGCCCUCUCCUCCUGCGCCGCGGGCUCCGAAGGGCGCGGAGGCGGGCUCCGCAAGCCUGGCAGCGCGCGCGGCACUCCGGGUCCCGCUCCGAGCCCCACGUGACAGCCACACUGGCCGCUGAUUGGAGCGCCUGGGGAGAGGCGGGGGCGGCCCCUGACCCCCGGAGACUGUGCGCGCCCAGGUGGUUACCUGGCAACCGGGAGUCGGCUCUGAAGUUGUGGUUCCCAGGCCCUGGGUUAGGCUUCAGCAGAGUUUACAGGGAGGCUGAAAGUGGAGGAAAGAACAGUGAACCGCCAGCGUUCUCACCACCUAACAGAUUCCGCACACCGGGUUUGCACUUUCUAGGAAAAUGAGUCAAGUAUACAAUAAAUAAAUCACCCCAUCUUCUUGAGGAGCCUGAGGGAGGGAGUUGAGCCUCCUUCAGAGUCUAGGCUACACUAGCCUUGAUGCUCACCUGGAAGAAUCUAAACUGCUCAGGCACCUUUUUGUCCAAACGGAUCCACGCUCAGCAACAGUAGAUGCCUGUCUGAAUAGCAGGGAACAUCCUAAGGGUGGAAGUGAAUCCCAAUGAGAAGAACA